AUGUAUCUCUCCCCAAGCGUAGGUGGCCUUUGGGCAGUUGUGGUAGUCUUCGCAGCACUUACGCUGUGGUAUUUAGGCACUGACCAGAGUCUAUGCAUUGAUAAGGAAUGUGUUACAGGCCCAUGGUGUAGUUCUCACUGUGCUCUUUCCGCGAGAGUGAGUUGCGCAUUCUUCAGAGUCCCUGUGCGUCUUGACCGUGGUGAUUACCAGAAUGAGGUGCUGAGUCGACUAAGGCAACUCACGGAACGAAAUCUGAAGGGGCAGCGGCAUGUUGUUGAGAGUGUCAUAAAGGACAUUGCCCUCAAGCUUGCACAUCCUGAUAAACCACUGGUGCUUCACUUCGCUGGUGAUAAUGGUGUGGGCAAAACGACGCUGGCGCAGCUUGUCUCUCUCGUUCUUGCUUUUAACUGCCGUGACGCUGUGUGUAUGGUUGGGGACACCACGCUUGUGCUUUCCGGAGUCAGCUACGAUGGUUAUUCUGCAAGUGCGUUUCGCAGGGAUGUUGUGCAGAAGGUAGUGCGGCACGCCGCGGCUUUUCCGCGGAAUGGAGUUGUGAUUAUCAAUGAUCUCGGGGCUUUGCAUCCAGACCUCGUGCGUGUCCUACUCCCACUGCUGGGUAGAGCCUCCGUCUUCCCCGAGGCCCCACAAACCCCAAUAAACUCCUUGACAGUUAUCAUUACGACAGACUUUGGGCGCCAGGGCCGAACGCAGGGAAAAAGUCUCGUUGAAAUGCGUCGAAUUGUGGAGGAUGAUUUUAAAAGUCUCUACAGCCAUUUGUCAACAUCCAUGAUUAAAACAUAUCCAUUUCUUCCCGUUUCCCUAGCAACAGCUAAAGAAAUCGUGCGUCUUGCUAUCAGUGACUAUAGGUGUAGACACAAGGAUAGAAUUCGUGAGAUACAUCUGGGCGAAGACGUGGCUGCGUGGUUUGUCGACUUGGUGCGGGAUGAUCUCCCUAUGGAGAACGGUCGGUCUGUGGUGAAUGCUGUGACUGCAGCUGUUGGUCCUGGUGUCUUGCAUCACCUUUUGGACACGCCUGCAGAGCCGGUAUCACUACGUGUUGACCUUGAUGACAACGGGUCAGUUACAGUGCUUCUCGUACACUAA